UCAGUUCCAUUGUAUUGCAAGGUUGAAAUCACUGUUUUCAGUAGAGGGAAAUCAAUUUCACUCUGAAAUUUUAUGUCAAACAUGUCCGAUUCUACCCCUCUACCGCAUUCUGUCCAACAGUUGAUCAACGAAAUCUGUACUAACCAGAAUCAACGGCCACCGGAUGCCGAAGCAAGAAAAGCACUCGCUUCUCUCGGUGAAGAAGAAGCUCUCAAUGUUCUCCGUAUAAUCAAGGGCAAGACAAUUCGUUCUUCGAUUAGUCGUUUCAUAAUGUACUUGAUCAACCAACGCCACAACAACACACACGAGUCCCCGCAGAAACGCCCCCGUCUUUCGCCGUCACACUCUCAUGAUGGAAGCCCUGUCAAUAUUGUUCGUCACAUGAAUCCUUCUCAAGUCCUAAAUGAUGAUAUGAGUCGCUCUCCGGUUCCGGAGCCCCCGAGAGGUUCACCUUUGACUUCGAGUACGAGUUCACGCAUGGAAAGUAACCGAAUAUCGAUUCCUCAAUACGUUGCGUUGGGAGAACUUGAGUUCAGGAAGGCGUUUCUUAUUUUAAGUUACAUCGGGAAGAAAAAGCUGGAAGAUGCAAUGAGUGCUGAUAAAAUUCGGGAGCUGAAGGAUUUGUCAAUGGUCAACCUUGAGUCGAAGCUUUGGAGCACUUUCAAAAAUGAUAUGGACCCGAAGGACCGACGAAUGUCUAUAGACUGGGAUUCUGGAAAAACGCACAUCUAUCGUUGUCAUGUAUCCGCUGAUGGCAGUUAUACUUUCAAGGGCCCUUAUCUAGAUCGAACAAAAACUCACUUACAAAGAGUACUGGGAGAUGACAACGUUCUCAUGGUCAACUUUGAAGUAGACGAGACGUGUAAUCGAAAUUUUGGAGACAGUUCCACUGAUCAUUAUGAUAAAUACAGAAAGAUCGGAAGAGAGGGUAUCCUUCUUGGUCUGCGUCGCUAUCGGUUUUUUGUGUUUAAAGAUGGCGGAAAAAAAGAAAAGAAGAAGGAGCGGCCAACAUCAUCCUCUGUCAAGUGUUAUUUUGUGCGGUUGGAAUCUGAUGCAAUCAUUGACAACAGCCAACACUAUAUAUUAUCCGGAAAAACUGUAAAUGAAGCAAGAGCGUUAUUUAUGCACGUUUACACUGCUUCAAAUGUGGCAAGCUAUAUGUCACGGCUUUCUCUAAUUUUGUCCAAGACCAUGAAGUUAGAGUUGGAUUUUACCGAAGUAACUGUAGAGAGAAUUGAAGACAUACCUUGCUGUGAUGAAAAUGGCAAUCGUGUCUAUAAAGAUAAGAAGCUUCUUAUACAUACUGAUGGAACUGGUUUUAUAUCAGAGGACUUGGCUCUAAAAUGCCCAAAUAAUGUCUUUAAAGGGAAAUGCGGAAAUGCUGACAGUGAGAGACUCGCUAUUAGGAAAGAUAUUGAAGGGAAGUUUUGUGAGAGGGAUCAGCCAGAAUCUCACUGUGGGGUGCCACCUCUGCUGAUGCAGGUCCGACUCUUCCAUGGAGGUCGUGCUGUAAAAGGAACUCUGCUGGUGAACAAGAAGCUUCCUUCACAAACCAUUCAGAUCAGACCUUCAAUGAUCAAAGUUGAGGCAGAUCCAAAUCUGUCUGGUAAUCAGACAAUCAAUUCGUUGGAAAUAGUCAAUACAAGGUUUGUAACUUACCCUUCAUAUGCCAGCAAGCAAUCAAGAAAGACGACUCUAUCUAGGAAUUUAAUUGCAUUGCUCAACUUUGGAGGGGUCCCAGAAAGUUUUUUUUUGGAUAUAGUGAGAAAUGCUUUGGAAGAUGUGCAGAGUGUUUUCUCCAAGAAACGGAAUGCCUUAAAAGUUUCCCUUAUGCAUGGUGGAAUGGAUGAAUUCAUAUCCGCAAGAAUGAUUUUAUCUGGGAUUUCUCUUGAUGAACCAUAUUUGAAGUGUCGUCUGUCUACAUUUCUGAAGAAGGAAAAUGAGUGUCUUCAAGAUGGAAAACUUCCUAUAACUGAAAGUUAUUACUUAAUGGGGACAGUCGACCCCACUGGAAUCCUGCAGAGUGAUGAAGUUUGCAUAAUACUGAAUGAUGGCCAAGUAUCCUGGGAGAAGGUUCUAGUAUAUCGCAAUCCUGGUUUACAUUUUGGAGAUAUCCAUGUCCUGAAGAAUAAAUACGUGAAAGAAUUGGAUGACUUUGUUGGAAAUGCAAAGUAUGCUAUAUUCUUUCCCUGCAAAGGUCCAAGGUCACUGGGAGAUGAGAUAGCAGGGGGGGAUUUUGAUGGUGAUUUGUAUUUCGUUUCAAGGAAUCCUGAGCUUUUGAAACAUUUCAGGGCAAGUGAACCAUGGACAUCUAAGCCUUCAACAAAUAACAUGUCCGCUAAAAGACCAGGUGACAUUUCGCCUGAGGAGUUGGAGGAUGAGCUUUUCAACCUUUUCUUGACUACAAGAUUUGAACCCAGCUAUGCAAUGGGUCAGGCAGCUGAUAGUUGGAAGGCAAUUAUGGAUCAACUUCUGACACUAGGAGAUGAGAGUGCAGCUGAGAAAGCUCUUUUGAAAGAAAAAAUUUUUCGAUUGAUUGAUGUAUACUAUGAAGCUUUAGAUGCCCCAAAGAAGAGUGGUAGAAAGAUAAAAGUUCCAGAAGACCUGAAGGCAAAGAAGUUUCCUUGUUACAUGGGAAAGAAGGCUUCGAUUACUUUUGAAUCCAAAUCUGUCUUGGGAAAAAUUUACAAUACAGUGAAAGAAUAUAAAGGACAAGAAGUAUCUGUGGAAAAUGUUUGGAAACUUCCUCAUUUCAAUGAUGAUGAAGUCCCCAAUGAAUGCAAGAUAAAAUGGAAAGGACUAUAUGAUCAAUAUAGGCAGGAUAUGAGAUUGGCCUUGAAGAAUGGUGGGGAGGGCAAAGAUGAGGCAGCCAAUGAAGUCAUUAAAAAAUAUAAGCAGAUAUUAUACAAGGCAACGGAGUUCGAACAGAGCACAAGGAACAUACAGGAGAUCUAUGAUGAGGCUCUUGUAAUAUAUAACUUGGCUUAUGACCAUGCCAAAAGACAGGGAGCUGUUGGUUAUUGUAGCUUUGCUUGGAAAGUUGCAGGUUCAGCUUUAUGCAAAUUUUAUGCUAUGAAACAGGGUGAAAGAACUAUGCUUUGUUUACCUUCAGUACUUCAAGAAAUAUUUGGUUGAAAAAAUGUUUCUAUAAAUAAUGUAGCCCCGUUGUAAUAUAAAUCGACCUUUGUGUAAUAUAAUAUCCUAGUAUAUUCAUAUUGUUGGCAUGUGUUUGAAAGAAGUCAAAACAGUUGUCCUUGAAUGAAGUUCGCAAUUGUAUCUGGAUUU